CUGUGUACGUGCACCAGCUGCCUACAGGCCAACUCCACGUGUGAAACAGAUGGGGCCUGUAUGGUUUCCAUUUUCAACCUGGAUGGGAUGGAGCACCAUGUGCGCACCUGCAUCCCCAAAGUGGAGCUGGUCCCCGCUGGGAAGCCCUUCUACUGUUUGAGCUCCUCGGAUGUACGCAACACCCACUGCUGCUAUACUGACUUCUGCAACAAGAUCGACCUGAGGGUGCCCAGUGGUCACCUCAAGGAGCCUGAGCACCCUUCCAUGUGGGGCCCUGUGGAGCUGGUCGGCAUUAUUGCCGGCCCAGUGUUCCUCCUGUUUCUCAUCAUCAUCGUUGUUUUCCUUGUCAUUAACUAUCAUCAGCGCGUCUAUCACAACCGCCAGAGGCUGGACAUGGAAGAUCCCUCGUGUGAGAUGUGUCUUUCCAAAGACAAGACGCUCCAGGAUCUUGUCUACGAUCUCUCCACGUCAGGGUCUGGCUCAGGGUUACCCCUUUUUGUCCAGCGUACCGUUGCCCGAACCAUCGUUUUACAGGAGAUUAUUGGCAAGGGCCGGUUUGGAGAAGUGUGGCGUGGCCGCUGGAGGGGUGGUGAUGUGGCUGUGAAAAUUUUCUCUUCUCGUGAAGAACGGUCUUGGUUCCGGGAAGCAGAGAUAUACCAGACAGUCAUGCUGCGCCAUGAAAACAUCCUUGGAUUUAUUGCUGCUGACAAUAAAGACUGUUCAUUCCUUACAUUGCUGUGGGGGUUUGUAGUGACCUCAGCUGCCCGCAAGCUGAAGGGUCUUGGACUCGUACACAAGGGAAGAAGGGGAGGAGAGGAUUUUUGCUUCUCAACAGAUAAUGGCACCUGGACCCAGCUGUGGCUCGUCUCGGAUUAUCAUGAGCACGGCUCCCUGUUUGAUUAUCUUAACCGGUACACAGUGACAAUCGAGGGGAUGAUUAAGCUGGCCUUGUCUGCUGCCAGUGGGCUGGCACACCUGCACAUGGAGAUUGUGGGCACCCAAGGGAAGCCUGGAAUUGCUCAUCGAGACUUAAAGUCGAAAAACAUCCUGGUGAAGAAAAACGGCAUGUGCGCCAUUGCAGACCUGGGCCUGGCUGUCCGUCAUGAUGCUGUCACCGACACCAUUGACAUUGCCCCAAAUCAGAGGGUGGGAACCAAACGAUACAUGGCCCCUGAAGUACUUGAUGAAACCAUUAACAUGAAGCACUUUGACUCCUUUAAAUGUGCUGAUAUCUACGCCCUCGGGCUUGUAUACUGGGAGAUUGCCCGAAGAUGCAAUUCUGGAGGAGUCCAUGAAGAAUAUCAGCUGCCAUAUUACGACUUAGUGCCCUCUGACCCUUCCAUUGAGGAAAUGCGAAAGGUCGUAUGUGACCAGAAGCUACGUCCCAACAUCCCCAACUGGUGGCAGAGUUACGAGGCGUUACGAGUGAUGGGGAAGAUGAUGCGAGAGUGUUGGUACGCCAACGGUGCGGCCCGCCUAACUGCUUUGCGCAUUAAGAAGACCCUCUCCCAGCUCAGCGUGCAGGAAGAUGUGAAGAUCUAACCCUGCUUGCCUCCCCCUACAUUGCAACCCUGGGCAGCGAGGACUACACACAGAGCUGCCAUGUUGAGCGUAUGAUGGAGGCCUACCUCUCGUUUCUGCCCAGCCCUCUGUGGCCAGAAGCCCUGGCCUGCAGGAGGGACAGAGCCCGGGAGACCCACCCACUCCCACAUUGGGUUUGAGACACAGACACCUUUUAUAUUUACCUCCUAAUGGCAUGGAGACUCUGAGAGCGAAUGGUGUAGAGAACUCAGUGCCACAACUCAAACUGGUUGUAGUGGGAAGUCCUACAAACCCGGUGCAUCUGGCGUGUAGCCAAGAGUGGUGACCGGGUGGCCUGGGAGGGCCCAGGCGAAGCCGUGUUGCCAGUGCUAAGCAGCACUGAGGGCUUUCCUCCAGGGACCAACCCCAGCACACCGAGGUGGCCCAGAGGAACCAGAGGCGCAGCCCCUCUCGCAGGCAGCUCUGGGCCCCGUGUUGUGCCCUCACACGGACAUCUGGAGGGACUGCCGGUGGAGACAGAAGCUGCUUCCUGUCUGUCCAGCCGUGUGUGCAUGUGCCGAGGUGCGUCCCCUGUUGUGCCUGGUCGUGCCACGCCCUUACACGUGUGUGUAUGUGUGUGUGUGUGUGUCGGUGCGUACUUCCCUGCUUGAGCUUUCUGUGCAUGUGCAGGUCUGGGGUGUGGUGGUCAUGCCGUCUCUGCGUGCUGGUGCCUCUGUUCAGUAGUGAGCAGUGUCUCGUGUCCCGGUGCCCUUCCUGGAGGCCUCCCUUUCUGUCCCCUCCCCCCGGAACCCUGAGCCACGGUGGUCCUUCCUUCCUAGCAGGCUACUCUGCCCACCUUGUGUCAAUACCACUCUCCUGCAUUUCAGACGGUGGAACCAAAGCUGGCUCAGUUGUCCAUGGCAGGCUAGGCUUUUGGGUCCCAAUGUGAGGGAGGGGUGGGGUGGGCAGGGAAAGCAUCUUGGCAGAAGUCUUGGGUGUUGUGGUCAGCGGCAACCAUGGGAAACGAGCCAGCCUAGGGGCAUCAUCCUCAACAGCAUCAAGGAAGGGCCAUGGAAGGAAUUUGAAGCCCAGAUCUUGGGACUCAGAUUGGAAUGUCACACCUGUCUUUCAUAUCCCAGAUUCUGGAAACAGCAGUGUAUAUUUUUGGUGGUGGUGGGUUUAGGGUGGGAAAGGGAAAGGGGGCUAAGAAGUGGGGAGGGUGUCGGGUGGGAGGGAGGCAUCUGCAUGGGUGUUUUACUGGAUUAUCUGAUCACGGUGGAGGGAAGAUGUGAGGCUUGCACCCACUUCAGGGGCCUACUAAAGGGAACAGCCUGAGCCGAACCUGAUAUUUAACCUGAGAGUAGUAUUUAACGACGUCUAGAAGCACGGUUGUGGGUGGUGGUUUGGUCAGCAUAUCUUAGGUAUAUAACUUUGAAGCCAUAACUUUUAACUGGAGUGGUUUUUUGUUUUUUUCUUUUUUUUCUUUUUAAUUUUAUUGGGAGGGUCUGGAUUUUAACUUUUUUUAAUAUUAUUAAGUUUUUAUAAAAGGAAAACCAUCUCUGUGUGAUAAUUACCUCUCAAUCUCUUUGUUUUUAAAGAAAUCCCUACAAAAACAACCACAAAAAAAAAAAGUUCCAAUCAAGCGCACAUAGCUCAAUCACACUGGAAAUGUCUGUCCUUGUACCUGAGCCUGUUCCCACUCAGCAGUGAGAGUCCCUCCUUGCCCCGGGGGUUAGUCUCUCUUGCACUCUGCCCAUCCCUCCCCCCAAUUCCAUGAGUGGUGUUUGCGCUAGGGCCGCAGCCUUUUGUGCAUUGUCCAGCUGGUCGUACCUUCUCCCCCAGGCACUCACUCAAAAAAUGUUUGUUGAGUGAAUGCUGGAUGCCAGGCAUUGUGCUAGGCGCCAGGAGUACAGCUAUGAACAAAACAGGCUUGGGUCCUGCUCUUGGAGCCCUGAAAAAGGAGCUGAUCCAAGUUAAUGGGUGCCUGUUUUGAGACCAGAAUUUUUCCUAACGAUACUUGGUUCUGAGAGCCUUUUUGAGCCUGGAAUGAUUGCUGUUAUAGAAGACCACCGAGGAGCAAGGAUGCCCCCCCCCCACGCCAAAGAGACCGGUGGUGGGCAUGAGAGGCCCAAUCACUGCAUUCUUGUGAGCCCCCUUCCUGCCCCCAGGGAGGCAUAUUAUGGAUGCAGCCUCAAAGCACCCCUGCCUCCAGCCCAGCGAUUCUCUGCCAAAGCUUGUGGAGGAGGGGGCAAGCCCUCUCCCUGCUUACAUGUCUCCCCCAUGCCCCUGGCCUUCCUAUUUAUUUUCCUGAUGUGUUGCCUCUUUCCUUGCAUUAAAGGAGAUCCCUUAACCCUUUGGGCCAAUUUACUGGCUACUGACUAAUUUUCCUUGAAUACCAAUUGUGUCAUCAGGGGUACCUUUCCCCACUCCUGCGGACCCCCCACCUCUCUGCCCUGCAGCAGAACCUGGCGGUUUCUAGGUGGUAAUGGGACUUAGACUCCUGUGCCCCAGUCACAACCAGCCUCUGGGGUCUGCCAAUACUCCUCAACCCAGGGACUCCCAAGCCACUAGCCCACUCUUCAGGUGGCCCCUCUGUCCUCACCACACCCCCGGGGAAGACUGAGCAGGUUUUUGGGAAGCUCCCACCCUCCCCACCGCCACUCUUGACACCAAGAGUUAGGAGUUAGAGCUGGGGAGAAACUACAGCCUGAAGCCGUGGUGUUUGGCCCCCUGAGGCUAACCCUGAUCUUAGGGCGACCUGCACCUCUCGAUUCUGGAUUCACAGACCAAGUCCAAGCCCGUUCUUAAGUCGCCAUCAAGGCCCCGAACGGCAUUCUCGGUACUUCUGUUUGUUUUUGUACAUUUUAUUAGAAAGGACUGUAAAAUAGCCACUUAGACACUUUACCUCUUCAGUAUGCAAAUGUAAAUAAGUUGUAAUAUAGGAAAUCUUUUGUUUUAAUAUAAGAAUGAGCCUGUCCAAUUUCUGCUGUACAUUAUUAAAGUUUUAUUCACAGAA